AUGUCCCAGCCCGUUCCCCCAUCCUGGAAGGACCUCGGAAAGUCCGCCUCGGACCUCCUCCUCAAAGACUACCCCAUCCAGGGCACGUCGCUCGAGGUCAAGACCCUCACCCCGUCCAACGUCACCUUCAAGGUCGCCGGCCAGAAGGAUUCGAACACCAACGCCAUCGCUGGUGAUAUCGAGGGCAAGUAUGUCGACUUCAAGAACGGCUUGAUCUUCACCCAGGCCUGGACCACCACCAACCUGCUCCGCUCGCAGCUCGAGCUCGAGAACCAGAUCGCCAAGGGUCUCAAGUUCGACCUCUCGACCGCUCUUAACCCGGCCAAGUCGCAGAAGGCCGCCAUUUUGACUGCCAUCUACAAGCAGCCUUCCCUCCACACCCGCGCCACCGUCGACCUCUUCAAGGGUCCCAGCUUCACUGCUGACACCGUUGUCGGCCGUGACGGCUUCCUUGUCGGUGCCGAGGCGACCUACGAUGUCACCUCGGGUGCCAUCACCCGGUACGCUGGUGCCGUUGGCUUCUCGGCUCCCGAGUACGCCAUCACCCUCCACGGUCUCGGCAACCUCUCGACCUUCGCCGCUAGCUACUACCACAAGGUGUCCAAGGACGUCGAGGCGGGUGCCAAGGCUGUCUACGACACCAAGAGCACCACCGGCGGUGUCUCGCUCGAGGUCGGCGCGAAGACUUACCUUGACAACGCUGCGUUCGUCAAGGCCAAGAUCAACAACGCUGGUAUCCUCUGCCUCGGCUACACCCAGGCUCUCCGCCCCGGUGUGAAGGCUUCGUUCGGUCUCGGUCUCGACACCUCGCGCCUCAACGACCCCUCCGCUGGCCAGGCCGCGCACAAGGUCGGCGCGUCGUUCGUCUUCAACUCGUAA